AUGACUUCUUCACCAGCUGCUGCUGCUUCUUCGAAUUUGGACGAUAUCACUGCAUCGCUUUUCUAUCAGUUACGCGAUAAAAACCGUGUUUAUGAUUUCGACAUAUUGCAAUGCCCUAAAUGUCCGGAACGGCUAGAAGCUCUCGAACUUGACGUCUACAAAGAAAACGGUCAAACCUACCAAAGAAUAUGGUGGACUUGUCGAGGCAUAAAAAAUCAGAGCUGUCACUUUCCAUUAUGGGUUCCAAGAGAAGUUUUUUGGACAAGGAGAACAGAAGAACAGAUGAGGACAGGCUAUAUACCUUUACCAAAUAUUCACUUGUUACCACAGCGUUUAUGGUAUCUCUAUCCAAAUGUAUUUCGAGAUAAAUUAAAUGGACGAGAAAUCGGUAAUGCCAAAAAGAAUAAUUCUGGUGCAGUCACGCCAUCUUCGGGUCACGCAACACGAGGCAGUUCAGUAAGACCUGAAAGUAUAGUUACGGAGAAUGAGUGUAGUCGGGAUUCUUUUCUCAAUACACCUCUUCUCUCAGAUGGAACAAAUCCUUAUGUUCCAAAUGAAAUGGAAGCUUGGGAAUCCGAAAUUCCGAUUCGACAGAUUCGAAUUGAUGACGAAGAUACAGAAGAAAGCUUCGGAUUAGUUAAGGAUAUCCACGUGCCAGCUAUAAAUAAUCGAACCAGUACUUUAGAUCAAAAAGAUUGGGAAUGGGAAAGCCCAGGUAACCUGGAAACAAAAGAAUGCGACUCGAGGUCGUGGGAAAUGAGCUUCGUUCCAGAAUGUGUUGUUACCACAGAUUUUCCCUUGGAUUCAUUUACAGAUUCUUUCGUUCAAUUUUGUUCACAAACAGAUUCACCGGUUCAAAAGCAACAGGAACAGUUUGAAGGGGGGGAUUCAGAGGAGAUGCAUUCAAAUAAUGGCACUGUUAUUCUGGAAGUUUUGCAGUCAGCACCUCAGAAUAAAGUCUCACAUGCUGGUCAAGAUUUUAAGGAAGCUGGCUACAACUCUGAAAUAUCGGCAAAAACUGUAAGAAAGCGGAAACAAAAUGUUGCUUUCGAAGAAACGUUUGAUGAAGCAGCUUAUUGUGACACUGUAUCGGGAACUAGUAGUUCUUUAGAUCGGAUUUCACUCGUGGUGCCAUCAGUGAACACAAGAAUGCCAGAAUCUAAACAAAAACGGCAACGACCGAACUCAGAGGUCAUUGACGAUGACCGCGUGAUCGCUUCUUUGGUGAAGGAAUUAGUAGUUGGAGUAGCUUUGGAACUUGAUUUCAUUAAAAAUGAAACAAUGUCUGCAUCACUGUACUCGCGACAAACACAGCAUCAGUUGUUGAAGAUAAUUUCCUUAGAAGAAGCAAAAAGAGAUUUCGGUGAUUUGACACUUGAAGAAUUGUUGAAAGGUGUCAGUAAUCUAAGAUCAUCUGCUACGGCCCAAAACUGUUUGCGGAAAUGGCCCAAGACGGAGGUAGAGAUCCGGGAAAGACAGUCAAUAACAGAUGUUUGUCUACAACAGAGUGUUGACAGACCCGCAGCUUAUUUUGAAAGAGGUGAUUCAAAAACAUUUACCAAAACUUCGACUGGAAUGACUGCGAGUUCGAGGAUGCAACCAUCCUUCCGGAAACGACGAUCUGAUAUGGCGGGUCGACCUACUUUGCCGAGGAAUCUACCGGCAGAUCAAGAAUGCAUUGCUGCUGUAGAAAUGGCUCUAAAACAAUCCAUGAAAGGUAUUAAAGGUCCAGAAGAGACAACCCCGGCUCCUCGAACAUCCAUUCUGAAAGGUUCUCCUUCAAAGUUUCGUCCCGAUAUGAUCUCAAAUGAAAUAUUCGACUCAUUGAAUUGGCGUCGGCCCGUGCAUUUUGGUGGUCGUACAAAUUUAGACGCUUUUGUAACUGCGUAUAAUUUGCGAUACAAUCGUGCCGAAUAUCUGGAUGCUCUUGGCUCCGAAUUAUGCAAACGUAAAAUUAUGAAAUUUGUCCCAUCAAUACCGGUGAAACAACAGCGUCUCGUGCGACGUAUGCAGCAGAGGUUAUCUGGUCGGGAAGAUAUGCUAGAUUUGGAAACACUCAAAAAGGUUGUUGAUCCAGAUGCUCUACGUGUUCAGAUUGCCCAUCGUCUUGGCAUUAAAGAUCUUGACAGCAUAUUGCCGUGUUCGAAAGCAAGGAAUAAUCAGGAUGAUGAAGUAAGCAGCGCGAUGCAGCAUAUCGCAUCUGCUCCAUUUACUAUGUCACCAGGAGUUUGCGAACCGACUUCCAUGGAAUAUAUUCAUUUGCGAAAAACGGUGAACAAACAUCAGUAUCAAAUCUUUCGGAAAGUUUAUACUCAUCUCCUGUGUCUGAAUAUGAAAGUAAAGUUGAAACCGGAAAAGAACGUGAACUGA